UAGCUGCUUUUACGGUACCGGUACGCGUUCUGGUUUUUUGCAAUGUAGAACACUAGAGAAGAUAACUCUGAUUUUUACUUGUAUUCCAUAUAAUAAUCUGAGAUUGUCUCUGUCAUGGCUUGGCGCUGUGUCGCAUCGUGCUUGGAUACGGUACCUUGUGUCUGUGUAUGAUUUUGCAGGUUCGAACCAUCAAGUCCAUGCGUCCAUGAAAUAAAUAACUGGCUAUCGUUACCACAAUGUGAAACCGGAUAAAUUGGGAAGGUUUCACUACCGCGGUAACAAGACAAGUGGCUUUGGUGAUCAAGAGACUGAAUUUAUUGCUGUAUUGUCUUUCCCCUCGGAUGAAUAUGUGAAAUCCUUGAUGUACGAACUGACUUUUGUUCAUGUCCAUGGCAGAGGUGAAAAUGAGUAACACCAUAAUAUGAUGACAUUGAGGAGGGCUUUAUUGACUUGAAUUUGUAAGCAGUUUACAGGAUAAUUUCUAUAUAAAUACCAACACCAGAUCAAGUUUACAAACUAACAUUGGAGAAUGGAGAUGAACGAUUUUUUCUGCCAGCAAUGUGGAAAGAACUUCAAAUUAAAAUGGAAUUUAAAAGAGCAUAUGAGAACUGAUACCGAAGAAAUAACUUAUACUUGUGAGCAAUGCGAAAAGGAUUCCUCGCGAUUAUUUCAAUCACAAAAGCAUGAUCGAACUGAUACCCGACAAAAGCCUUAUAUUUGUAAACGAUGUGGGAAGAGUUUUUCACAAUCAUCUGAUUUACGAGUACAUGAGCGAACUCAUACGGGAGAAAAACCGUAUAUUUGUAAACAAUGUGAGAAGCGUUUUUCAGGAUUAUCUAAUUUACGAGUACAUGAGCGAACUCAUACUGGAGAAAAACCAUAUGUUUGUAAACAAUGUGGAAAGAAAUUUUCACAAUCAUAUAAUCUAAAAUCGCAUAAGCUAACUCAUACAGGAGAGAAACCAUACGUUUGUGAACAAUGUGGGAAGGGUUUUUCACGAUUAUCUCAUCUAAAAUCGCAUGCGCGUACUCAUACUGGAGAGAAACCAUAUGUAUGUGAACAAUGUGGGAAGGGAUUUUCACAAUUAUCUCAUCUAAAAUCUCAUGCGCGUAUUCAUACUGGAGAGAAACCAUACGUAUGUGAACAAUGUGGGAAGGGAUUUUCACGAUUAUCUCAUCUAAAAUCGCAUGCGCGUACUCAUACUGGAGAGAAACCGUGCGUUUGUAAACAUUGCGGGAAGGGCUUUUCACAAUCCUCUUAUCUAAAAGUGCAUGAGUCAACUCAUACAGAAGAAAAACCGUACGUUUGUAAACAAUGUGGGAAAUGUUUUUCACAAUCCUCUUAUCUAAAAGUGCAUGAGUCAAUUCAUACAGAAGAAAAACCAUACAGUUGUAAACAAUGUGGGAAGAGAUUUUCACGAUUAUGUCAUUUGAAAGUACAUAAGAUAACUCAUACAGGAGAAAAACCUUUUGCUUGUGAACAAUGUGGAAAAUAUUUCCCAUCAAAAUCAAAUUUACAAAGACAUCUGCUAAUCCAUACAGGCAAGAAGUCUUGUUUGUAAACAUGGAAAGUGUUUUUGACAUUUACACAGCUUACCCAAGAGGAAAACCCUUCUACUUGGCAACAACGUGAAAUAGUGAUUUGAACCCACAAUAGGAAAGAUCUUGGGAAAUAAAACAACAAUCCUGCCUUCAACCGUUCUUCUGAAAUACUAUCAGUCGCGGGAGAACGAGAUUCUUCACAUUCAUAAGAUUGAACCGGAACAGCAAAGUGGAUGCACCCACCAGAAUUUAAUCACACAAGAACAUUCAAGUAUCCAGUGUAUAAAUUGCCUCAUCUCAAGUUUCAGCAUCUUCCCUGCAAUCCCGUAUUGUAUACGCCCAUAUUUAAAUUUAUCCAUCUAUUCCAACUCCAUAAUCAGCAUAUCGGAAUUGAUAAAACUGAUUACAAAAUCAGCAGAAACUAUCGAAACCUUGGACAAGGUUUUUCUAAGAAUAAAUGGUAUGUUUCAUACUGCUUUCGGUAGAUUAUGAACUAAUAUGAUAGUGCUAUUAUUGUCAGAUUAUUUGAAGGCCGAAUUCUUUAUCAUCGCAAUGUAACCAAUUCAAAAUAAGAUGGCAUCUAACUUUGUAGAAAUCGUUCAAUCAAAAUGAUUCAUUUUACUUCUCGUUCAGCUUGAAAAGGCUUAGUUUUUUUGCGUAUUUUCAUCCUUGAUAUUUGGCUUACAAAUAAUAUCAAAAAAAUUACGGGAAGGAAAAAUUUUGCUCUAGUGACAUUAUCCAACAUAAUGUUCGUUUAUUGUAUUUUGUUCUCGUCAUGACUGUUUUCUGUUCAACAAAACAAUAGCAGUGGAUGAUUUCACGGUUUUCGACCACUAUCAA